CACACAUGGUGUCAGGAGUGGGAUUAUGGCAAGCCGGAGAAGAGGAUCUCGUUUGGUGAAGCAAAGAUCUGGUCUUCGAUCACAAUCAAGGAUGGAAGAACAGGUGACUGACAAAGCAUGGGAAAGCAUGCCAACAACAGAUGGAUCAGAUGAGGAAGGUGAACCAAAGCCUGGCCCCAGUGGAUCAAGUGCAUCUGGCAGUGAGUUUCUCACUUUGAUAAAGGAUUUUAUGACAGGUCAGCAAAAGCGAGAGAAAGGGCUGCUGAAGGAACUGCGAAAUCUUAGGAUGUCCCUGCAGCAACCACAGCAAGUACCACGUCCUCACCUUCAGUCAGGAGUUGGUGCAGAGCAAAGUGACGACGAUGAUGAUGAGGACAACGGUGAUCAAAGCCAUCAACCUCAGUCAGUAAGUUACACCACUGAUCCAAAAAUUCCCCCUUAUCAAUUAGGAGAAGACCUUGAAAACUAUCUGCUGCGGUUUGAGCGCAUUGCCAAGACCUGGAGGUGGCCAGAGUGUGAAUGGGCGUGCCGUCUCAUUCCACUCCUUUCUGGGAAAGCGCUGGAGGCCUAUGCUGCCAUGAAUGAGGACUGUGCUCACUGCUACAAGGACUUGAAAACUGCUUUGUUAACAAAGUUUGACAUCUCACCUGAGACAUACAGACAGAAGUUCAGAGCAACAAGUAUACCUGCUGGUGAAACUCCUACUGAAACCUACCACCGCCUUAGAGGUCUCUACCGACGAUGGAUCCAUCCGGACCAGCAUUCCAAGGAGGACAUCGGGGAGCUCAUCAUCCAGGAACAACUGCUGAGCAUUCUUCCCUCUGAUGUAAGGACCCGGGUGAAGGAACAUGAACCUGAGGAUGGUCUGACUGCUGCAAAGUUGGCUCUACAGUACAUGAACGCACGGCGAGGAGGAGCAGCACGGUUCUCCAACCCUGUACCGCGACCUGUUCAACCGGCUGGACAUCAACAGUAUCCCAGAGACCCAAGACAGGAGGUUAAAGGUACCACCAGUUCUCUGAAUCCACCGUCUAAUGAGUUGAAAAUCAAGCUGGAGUCAAAAACUUUGAAACUAGAACUCAUAAAACUGUGA